AUGAUGAUCGACAUUACGUUUUUCACAUGCGAUGAUGAUGGCGAAAACCUGAAAAAAAAAAUGCAUGAAGUGAAAUGGAACAGCGAGAUCAAAAACGAGCGAGGGAUGCUACGGCAUAACAAAAUGAUUACCAUUCCCCCAAAAAGUCUGAUAUACCAAUACUCGGGGUUUUUUGUUCUCUCUCACUCUUUGUAUACUAAUACCAACAGCCUUUUACUGUACUACGGAGGGAGCGGGAAUUUGUGA